AUGCACGACGAGUUUCCACUAUUGGAGCCGCAUGUGAAAUUGAGGGUUAGACUGGAACAUGAGUUGGAGUUCCACUCCGGAGAAGUCAUAAACUCGUGUAAAAAAGUGGAAGGUAAGAACAUAGAUUUACUUGCCAAUGCAAAACACAAGCCGUCUUGGUCUUUUGGUCCAUUUCAUAUGUUGCUAGAGUCACAUGACUCUAUCUCUUCUUCAUCUAGCAACAUGACUCAUCAUGAAUGCCUGGAUUUUCUCGACAAGCAAGAUGCUAGCUCAUUAAUAUUUGACUCGUUUGGAGAGAUCACUACAUUAUCAAAAGAGCAAGUCAAUGAGCUCGCUCUGGGUUUAGAACAAAGCAACCAUAGAUUUAUUUGGGUACUAAGAAAAGGAUUUGACGAUAAGAAGAAACUUAGAGAGAAAGACAAAAUGAUUGAACUACCAGAAGGGUUUGAGGAGAGAGUGGAAGGAAGAGGAAUAGUGGAGUUGGGCUCACCGAGAAGAAUUGGUAACAACAGCAACCAUUUGAAUAACCGUGAAGACAUUGAUGGGCAAGAUAGAAGGGGAAGAGAUGAGGCAAAGGGAAGUGGAAUUGAGAAAAAGGAUUUGUUAGCAUUUGAAUGGAAAAAUCAACCAUCACUUGUGGAGUUUGAGAAUUUGCUUGCUGGCCAAGAAGCCAUGGCAAAGCAAAUGAGUGGAGUUUCACAAAAAAGCGAGGAGAAAGCGCUCUACAUCAACAAAAAUAGAGGAAACUCCAAGCAGUACAAUGCGGAUCGAAAAAAAUGA